AAAAAGGUUCUUUUAUUAAUGGCUAUAAACACAGAAUUGGAGAUGACUAGCCUCAAAAUAACACCACAAACCUAUAUAUAUAGGUUAGAAUUUCUAACCAGUCAAUAUCAAAAAAAGAAAUAA